AUGAACUUCCUCUCAGCCCAUAAAGAACGUAUCGUUGUUUUAGGCUCAGGAUGGGCUGGAUAUGCCCUUGCCAAGAAAAUAUCACCUUCAGCAGCAUCUCGUGUCCUCAUUUCUCCUCGGUCUCACUUCGUCUUUACUCCCCUCAUAGCCUCAACAGCCGUCGGCACUCUGGAGUUUCGUGCCGCUGUUGAGCCCUGUCGAAAACUUGACCUCACAGAGUUCCAUCAAGCCUGGGCUUCAGAUCUUGACUUUGCCAAUAAGAGCAUUACCGUCGAGGCCAACCAACGCGAUGGAGUCACAGCUCGUUCGGGCAAAGAUCUCAAGGGCCCUGAGUUCCAGAUUCCUUAUGACAAGCUCGUUAUAGCUGUUGGUUGUUACAGCCAAACUUUUGGUGUUGAGGGUGUCAAGGAGCACGCGUGCUUCCUUCGAGAUGCCACUGAUGCUCGAACCGUGCGCCUAAAGAUUUUGCAAAAGUUCGAACAGGCUUCUCUGCCUAGUACAAACACGUCUCAAAGAAAACGACUACUUCACUUUGCAGUUGUAGGCGGUGGUCCCACAGGUAUCGAGUUUGCAGCUGAGCUUCACGAUCUUAUACACGAGGAUCUGUCCAAGCUAUAUCCCGAACUGAUGCCUCACGUCGCCAUCACCAUUUACGAUAUUGCACCCAAAGUUCUUCCCAUGUUUGACCAGAACCUUGCCGCAUACGCGACAAACAUCUUCAAGCGAGAAGGCAUCCGCAUCAAGACAGAACAUCACCUGCAAGGCAUCCGUCGCCAAGGUCAUGUACUUCUCAUGCGUAUAAAGGAGGAGCCCGAAGAAGUCGCAGCAGGUGUUGUGGUCUGGAGCACAGGACUCAUGCAAAAUCCACUCGUUGGAAGGACAGUCGACCGUGAAGUCGGGGACUUGGGCAAGAUUGUAAAGAACGAAAAGACAGGUGGUUUUGCGGUUGAUUCCCAUCUUCGUGUGCAGGUAAAAAGCAAAGAUUCCAAUGGCAAGGAAAUCACAAAGCCUUUGCCUGAUGUGUACGCUAUUGGAGACUGCGCAAACAUUGAAGGCCAGGCACUCCCUGCCACAGCCCAAGUGGCGAGUCAACAAGCAAUAUAUCUCGGCAAAAGAUUUAACUCCGGAAUAUCUUCUCAAGGUCCUCCGACUGCGCCCUUCCACUUCCGUAACUGGGGGACUAUGGCCUAUCUCGGUGGCUGGAGGGCGAUUCAUCAGAAUGGCGCAGACGAGCUCAAAGGUCGAGCGGCGUGGAUUCUUUGGCGCACUGCGUAUUUGACCAAAAGUAUGAGUUUUAAGAACAAACUCAUGAUUCCUUUUUAUUGGUUAAUCACUUGGAUCUUUGGACGAGAUAUCUCGAGAUUUUGA